CUCCAAAUAUAUAGCAUUGGGGGAAAUUUUGAGCUUUUGCAGAGGAAGUGUCACUUUGUUCUUUACUAGGAACAAAUACUUUUUUUUUCGGUCUUUGAUUUUGUUACAUCUCAAAAAGGACAAACAAUGAAAAUCAGACCACAAGAUCACGUGGUUACCUUUAUUUGGGCAGAAACCAAUACUGUGAGGAACACUUUCAGAAGAGUUCUUCCAAGAAUCAUGAUCACUUUCAUCUUCUUCUUUUGUCUUCUAUACGUUUUUUACUCCCUAAUUUGUUUAAACCCUUCAUUCAAGUCCACCCUUUUACCUUUAGAUACUUUUAUUAGAAUUAACGAAGAAAAACACUCAAACACUAUCCAAAAAGCCCCAGAAAAAACUCAGCUCCACCAUAUUGUUUUUGGCAUUGGAUCAUCACGAGCCACAUGGAGAUAUCGAAAAGAGUACGUAAAAUUAUGGUGGAAGCCGGAUAAAAUGCGAGGAUUUGUAUGGUUAGACAAGCCUAUGAUCAUGUCGAAGAAUCAAAGCACGAGUAAUAAUUCUACUAAUACAAGUACUUCUCUCCCACAAAUCAAGAUUUCAAGUGAUACGUCAAGAUUUAGGUACACGAAUAAAAAAGGCGAUCGAUCGGGGAUUCGUAUAUCCCGAAUCGUAUCGGAAACAUUAAGAGCGGAUUCGGAGAACGUGAGGUGGUUCGUGAUGGGGGACGACGAUACGUUUUUCGUGCCUGAAAAUUUGGUUAGGAUAUUGAGGAAAUAUGAUCAUAACCAAUUUUAUUACAUAGGGAGUGUAUCGGAAACACAUUGGCAAAAUCAUGAGUUUUCUUAUAAUAUGGCUUAUGGAGGUGGAGGUUUUGCUAUUAGUUUUCCAUUGGCAAAGGCUAUUGAGAAGAUGCAAGAUAAAUGUUUACAAAAGUAUCCACAUUUGUAUGGAUCAGAUGAUAGGAUUCAAGCUUGUAUGGCUGAACUUGGAGUUCCUCUCACUAAAGAAGUUGGAUUUCACCAGUUUGAUCUACAUGGUAGUGUUAUGGGCCUGCUCUCAGCCCAUCCAGUUGCACCACUGAUUUCACUUCAUCAUCUUGAUAAAAUCCAGCCCAUCAUCCCUAAACUAAGCCGAGUUGAAGCCCUGAGACGCCUCAACAAACCCAUAAAACUGGACUCAGCUGGGCUCAUGCAACAGUCCAUAUGUUAUGAUAGGCCCAGGAGAUGGACCAUUUCUGUCUCAUGGGGCUAUUUGGUCCAGAUAAAUAGGGGCAUCUUACCAGCCCGUGAAAUAGAAAGGCCCAUUACAACUUUCAAUGAUUGGUAUGGUACUGGUGAUGAAUAUUCCUUCACAUUCAACAUAAGGCCAUAUCAUAACAAUGGUUGCCAAAGACCAUUUUUCUACUUGUUGUCCAAUGCAUAUGCGACAACCAAUCACACCACAAGCGUCUACGUGUACGACGGGGCCCCCGGACGGAAGUGCAAGUGGAGUAUAGCUGAUCCAUCCGAGAUACGCCGCGUGGAAGUGUACAAGAAGCCUGAUCCAAAUUUAUGGGACAAGUCUCCAAGAAGAAAUUGUUGCAGAGUUUUGCCAACAAGCAAGAAUGACACUCUAUUAGUAGAUGUGGGUGAAUGCAAAGAUGGUGAAACCAUCUAAUUGUAGUGAAACAGACUAAAGAGGAUUCUUCACUCUCUUCCUAG